AUGGCAGAUCUAGACAGACUCUGUCGCGAGAACCGUGCAAUCAAAAUAACGGAUGAGGGAGAUUUGAAGCGCUUCAGCCUUCAGAUGUACAGUCACUACAAGCGACUGUCAGUCCCUCCUGCCAUUAUUACCAACAAAGUCGCGUGUGAACACUACAUGCGUACUUUGGACUCUGAGUUCAGUACCGUCUUGAGGAAUGCUUUGGCUACGAGUCAAAUAUUCAACAAGCGCUACCAAACUCGCGCCGGGAUAGCAAACGCUAAUGUCCCCGCGACUGGAGUCAAUCGGCAGGACGACCCCAUCCAGCUGAAGGAAUUGAUGACAAUGGCAGAAGAAAUGGCUUCGACGUUGAGUAACAAAGAGGAAAUUCCCAUAAUCGCGCGGCCUCCCAAGGUUCGCUUCGACUAUGAGACUAGUCCACCCAACCAUGCUAAGGUUGAGGAGUUGGAAAACUCGAUUUCCAACUUGAAGGACUCAUUUCUUCUACACCAAAAAGAGCUACAGACUCAGUUGCAGGAAGCGCUGAAGACGUUCAUACAGCCUGCUCGCGAAGCACCUAUACAGCGGUCGCGGCCAGUAGGCAACAACUCUUCUGUGCCCCACUUUGAAAGUCGCACACAAGGAGGAGCUGCCGCAAGGAACGACGACUGUCGCUACUGUGGACAGACUGGUCAUUGGUCGAACGAGUGCCCGCUCAAGAGGUCUCACAUUGAGAAAUAUCUUCUCAAGGUCGACACCAAAGGGAUGUGGAGGCUCUUCGACGACAGUUUCUUACCAAAUGUAGAAGGGACUCAGGGACAACGAGUAGAGGCCUAUUGGAAGAAGAAGGGCAAGUCCGUCAACUUCCAAGACUCCUACUACUUGGAACAGUUCGAUAGUCGCAACAAUGAUGAUAUGUCCGACUACCCUGAAGAAGUGGCAGAUGAGAUACGCUCCCUUCGAAGUCAACUCGUCCAAUACGAGAGGAAGUCGUCGCGACCAAUUCCAGAGAGUCGCGCUGAGCCAAAGACUCAAAGAACUGCAUCUGGCUCGACCAGUAAUGCAAUGGAAAGUGCCAUGGGCCAGUUCAUGCAGAAAGCCAUGACCGACGCCAUGGCCGGCUACUUCAACAACAUGAACAGUGGUUAUCCUCAGACUCAGGAGCAGUUUAUUCAAACCCAUCGUGGUGCGAAUAGCCAACCUGAGCGCGACGAUAACAACUCGGCCAAGCCCUCUGAGGACCAUGAUAAACGAGCUGAGCGACGAGAGAAACCGAGAAAACCUGUGAUUAUUGAAGAAGUUAGUGAUAGCGACGAUGAUGAGGAAUCAGUGCGCGACAACGUCGAAAAGAGAAAGGAACUACCGUUUGAGAAAGUCAAGCCCGUUCUACAAGAACCAGUACAUUCUUCAAAAGCGCGCGUUCCAGAUAAAUACCAGUUGCGUGCACCGAUUCAAACGAAGGCUGUAGCAGAAGCAGUCUACGACAAAAUGAAAAACGCGUCAGUCGACGUCACUGUGGGUGAACUCCUAGCAGUUUCGGGGACUGUCCGCGACUCCAUUCUGAAGGACUCUUCGAAGAAACGAGUACUGGUUCAGAAGUCCAUGCUUCAAGAAACUGGUCGCGUCGUUGAAGACGUUUGGGAAGGAGAACUGAGCUACAACUUAGUCAGUGCUAAGGAGUUGCCCGAGCCUGUGUUCUAUCAUAACACAGUUGAAGGAGAAAUUCCCAUUGGCGCGAUUGUCGCGACGGAUCCAUAUGAGAUGUACUUGGAGUCGAUACCCUCUAAUGAGAACCCAAGGCAUGUCUAUGUUGGUGAUUUGUUGGCUGCUCUCAGAACGGUAAACGGACGGAUUAACGCGCGUCUCGACGCGGACUGCAUCCUAGACAGUGGAUCUCAGAUUGUCUCAAUGGCUUUCUCAGAAGCUGUCGACGCACAAUUGAGCUGGGACCCAAAAGUCGUCAUCUAUAUGGAAAGCGCAAAUGGAUCUAUCUCUAAGUCACUGGGAUUAGCGAGAAAUGUACCCUUCAGGUUUGGGACCAUCCUGGUCUACCUGCAAGUGCACAUUUUGGAAGGUCCAGCUUACAAGGUGUUGCUCGGCAGACCGUUUGAUAUCGCGACCGAAAGCAAUAUCAAGAAGGCGGCCGACGGCAGCCAGAUAAUCACCAUGCGCGAUCCCAAUUUAAAGACGCGUUGUGCAAUGGCUACGCAGCCACGUUGUACAGACGACUUGCCGCGUAACACCAAAAACAACGACGGAUCUACCGAGCCCUACAGGGACGCCGCGCUCCUUGGGCACGUGACCAUGCACCCUCCUCCUCCUCCUCCGAUCCUCAUCUCCAUCCAUGCCGACAUCCGCCCUCUCCCUUCUUCCCCCGGCCAUCUCCUUCAAAUCCCCGCAAGCGGUCUAGCCAAGCCCGAUUCCUUGCACCAGGGAGUGCUACUGCCGUAUGCACUCCUCCCCCUUCACUUCGGCCUUCUCCCCGCGGAUGUGGUCUACUGCCGUACAGGCUCGUACCAGAUGCCCUUGCGCUCAUCCGCACCACCCCUCUUCCCAGUUGGGCCAUUGGUCCUCGCCUCCAAUGUCUCCACUGGCCGGCCCGGCACUGGCCUGGCCGCUGGGCUCCUCCAGUGUGGCCUUCCACUGUUGGUGUCUCAGGAGCUGGCCAUCACUGGCCCCUCUGAGCCACUCACUAUCUUAUCUGGGUUUGUCAUUAUCUACUUGUCAUCUGCCAUUGUUCCAUGGCAGUGA